AGCAGAGUAACAGCUGUGUGUGUGAGAGAGGUGCCGUAGUGAUAUAGAGGAAGCGAAAGAAAAAGAAAGAGCGAGAAAGCACUGAAAGACAUAAUGAAGGGGAAUCUACUUGUUCAGAGGAGCCCUAUAGGCAUAUAAAAAGAACAUAAAACUUUGCAUGGGAGAAGUGAAGGUGGAAGACUUUGAAGAUCAUGGGCAGCGAAACGUCUCUUGUAUGUGCAAACAACUCAACUGGUUCAAACUCCUCAGAAUCAGACUUAGGCAUCAACAAAGAACAGGUGGUGCUGGGCACUGUCAUGUCUCUACUGGUCCUGAUUAUUGUCUUUGGCAACGUGUUGGUGAUUACAGCCAUCGCCCGCUUCCAACGGCUUCAGAAUGUCACUAACUGCUUUAUUACGUCACUGGCGUGCGCUGACCUGGUCAUGGGAUUAAUAGUGGUGCCUUUUGGUGCUAUUUACAUUAUUGAAAAAAAGUGGUACUUUGGCUCUAUUUUUUGUAAGUUUUGGACAGCCACAGAUGUUUUAUGUGUCACCGCCAGUAUCGAGACACUAUGUGUCAUCGCUCUGGAUCGCUACCUCGCUAUCACUUCACCCUUCCGCUACCAGUCCAUGCUGACAAAGUGCAGGGCUCGGGUGAUGGUGCUCCUAGUGUGGGUCAUCGCCGGGCUGACUUCCUUCUUGCCUAUUUUUAUGGAUUGGGGGUUAUCUACCACAACAGAAGCGAAAAAUCGCCUUAAUAACACCUUGUGCUGCGAAUUUGACAUCAAUUCCACCUACGCCAUCUCCUCAUCCAUCAUCUCCUUCUACAUCCCACUGGUCAUCAUGGUUUUCGUCUACAGCCGUGUCUUUCAGGAGGCGAGAAAGCAGCUGAAGAAGAUCAACAAAACUGAAGGCAGAUUCCAUGUUAAAAAUGGAAAAAAGCGGUCAAGCGACGAAGGUGCCAUGGGCGGCCAAUGUGAAGUGAGAACCGUCAAGAAGCCCAAAUUCUGCCUGAAGGAACAUAAGGCUUUGAAGACCCUGGGCAUCAUCAUGGGCAUCUUUACACUGUGUUGGCUGCCAUUCUUUGUACUAAAUGUGGUGGAAGCAGUCCUUCCGAUAAACAACAUCGAUAUGAUUUACAAAAUUUUAAACUGGAUUGGCUAUGCUAACUCAGCCUUCAAUCCACUCAUCUACUGUAGGAGCCCAGAGUUCAGGUAUGCUUAGGAGAUCCUGUCUCUCAAUAGGUCACUCUGCCCUAACGCAAGGUCGGUCAAUGGAUAUAAAUACAGUGGGCAUAGCUGGCAAAGUGACCACAAAGGACGGAGUAAAGGCAGUUCAGAGGACAGUGAGCCAGCGGAGGGGAACUCAGAGAAACAGUUGGACAGAACAGACUCGAAUGGGAACUGCAGUAAAAACUAAGUGUCUUGAAAUUCACAUGGCAAGUCCUGACACAUUCCACUGUGCUCCUCAUAAUGUCGCUUAAAGACACGUUACGCCUCCUAUGGUAAGUUGGCAGAUAUGGGAGCAUGUUAUAAGAGUUUGUGUAAAAAAGAGUUAUUUUUCUCAUCUACCUCAUAAUGUAUCGUUUUCUAUUUCACUUGCUCUGUCGGAUCAUUUUACCAUGAACUUAAAGGGACAGUUCUCCCUACAAUGAAAGUUCUGUCAUCAUUUACACACCCUCAAGUCGUUCCAAAUCUGUAUAAAUAUGUAGAAAGAUACUUAGAAGAAUGAACGUAACCAAACAGUUCUUAGCCCAUCAUUGACUACCAUAUUUGGAAAAACUGCUUUUUUCUGAGAUCUGUUGAACACAAAAGAAGAUAUUUCGAAGAAUGUAGGAAAGCAACAGUUCUGGGGCACUUUUUACAAGCAUUGUUAUUUUGCUAAUAUUGUAGUCAAUGGGGUCCAAAAACUGUUUUGGUUACAAGUUACAGAUUUGGAACAAAUUAUGAUAGAAUUUAUAUUUUUGGGUGAACUGUCCCUUUAAUGGUAGUUUACACAAAAACCUGAAAGCAGAAAUCAAACAGCAGCAAAAAAUAUUUAAUUAAUGAAUAAUAAUUAUUACCAAUUCAGUUUUUGUUAAGCAAAAAUGUUCCCAGAUAAAAUAAUUCAACAAAACUACUUCUCUACAAGAAGAAAUACAUCAUACAUUUUUGAUGCAGGCAUUUAGCACUUUCCAUCCCUAGAGUUAAUGCAACUUGGCAAACAUUCCUCCAAACAUCAUUUGAACUGAAGUACAAUUUCUUAGUCUGAGAUCAUUCUCGUGAUCUGUUUUAAUACCACUUUCAUUAAACAAAGGAUCUUUUUAUACUUCUGGGAUAUAGCACUCACAAAGAGCCAGUUUUACUUUAGGUCAUUUCAACUGAUACAUUCUGCAAUGCAAUAAAACCCCAAAAUGACUCCAAAUCUAUUUCUUGCCACAGCUCUUUUAAUUCUGUUUGAAUAUAAUAGAUACAUACAUUAUCACACAAUCUAGAAAAUAAAAUUAAUGAUAACCCAAGCGGAAGCACCUCUUGCCACAGCAAAAGAGGAAGAAUUUGUGAAUGUUCACACCAGCUUGUUUCAGGAAACUGUUUUUUUUUUUGGAGGGGUGUAUGAUUUAGUCUCACAGUCUUGUGACUGCUAAAGCUUAACGUCCUUAGAAGGAAGUCGCUAUACAUCACCACUUCAUUUCUUUUUGCAGUAUUUUAACUACGUACAAUAUAAACACAAAUCUCUCGGUUAUAUGCAUAUACGAUAACAGAACUUCUCCGGUGGCCUGUUUUGAUCUGCCUGUCAUUUUGGGUCUCGUUGCCAGAUCUUUGCUAUUCACCCUGGGAAUGUUUUUAACAUUUUUAGUCCGUCAAGCCACCAUAUAAAUACUUCAGAUUUGGUGUUUAUCAAAAGACAUUACAUGACUCCCUACCAAAAACGUUAUCUAGAAAGAUAAAUAAAUUAGGAUGUAUUACGUUUCCUGUCUGCAAGCAAUAUUAGGUUCCUGCUAAUGCAUGCAGUUCAACGCAUCGAACCCCCCUGACUCGAAAUUCUGACCUAGGUGUUUAAUCCAAUGUUCCAUGCACAUCAAAUCCUUUAAGAGCGGUGAAUAGUUUCAAUACUUGUCAGUGUUUGUGAACUAAUCAUUUUAGGGCAAGUGGUUCUUUGUUACUGUGCUGCUUGCUUACGCCGUUGAAACUGUGACAUCUUUCUUGUAUCAGUCGUGGCUUUGUGUUCUUGUUUGCUUUAGCAUGUUUUGUGUGUGCCGAGCAAAAUGCUUUGAAUGCUACAAUGUUGUGAUAACAAAAUCUGCUUUAUGGAAACAUUACACCAAUGUGCAGAACAUCUAGUGGAGUUUAAAAAUAGCUUUGCUAACACCCUAUCAAUAUACAUCUAAUCUUUCAAAGACCACAGUUAUCACUUUAUUACUGUUCCUUAAGAAACAGUACCUAACAAAUGAACAUGUACAUGUGUGUGUGUCAUUGUUCUUGGUGUGAUUCGAUUUGUUAACAGUGCACUCUUCUGGUAAAGUGUUUCUCUGCAGGUAGCUCACAUUAAUCGCCUGUGUCAUCUUGUGCCAAAUCGUCCCUAUUGAAAUAUUUGUGCAAUCUUUGCCAUGACUGUAGCAAUGUAACAUACUGUUGUGUUAGUAAUUUAUAUGAAUUCAUCAUGUCUGUGGACAUGCUUCGGUCAAGUUUACAAAUAUCAAUGUCUUUCUGUAAGACAUGUUUUCCAGUUAAUUGGCAUGUUAAAGGGACCGUUCAACCAAAAAUUUUCAUUCUUCAUAAUUUAUUCACCCUCAUGUCAAUCCAAACCUGUAUGCCUUAUUUCUUCUGCAGAACACGAAAGAAGAUAUUUUGAAGAACAUAAACAAACAACAUCAGCCCCCAUAGACUCCCAUUUUACGAGACAUUUCUUAAAAUAUCUUCUUUUUUGUUCCACAGAAGAAAGAUUAAAGGGUUUACAUCCACAUGACGGGGAAUAAAUGAUGAAAGACUUUUCAUUUUUAGGUGACCUGUCCCUUUAAGAGUCAUGAAUUGCACCUUAAAUUUAGUAAUUAAAGAAUGUUCUGGGGCUUCUGAAUCGUGUCUCAACACAUUAAUGAUGCUGUAAAGUAUCAGUAGCAUCAUAUGGGCUAUAUACACAUCAUAUUGAUGUUCGUCCUAGCAUUAAAUGUGCACAAUUUCUUUAAACUGAAUAUUUUACACCUGAAAAGUUAAGUACGUUGAUGAACUUUUCACCUGAAAAGUCCAUAUGUCCAAAAUUGCCAAAAGGGUGCCCCAGCCCCUCUCUGUGACUGCUAUGUUAAAAACACUGGCCCAAAUUAAAUGUAAUAACUAUUAUUUCUGAAAUGUCAUUUGCAAUUGAAAAAAAACAACUGGUUUUGUGAGAUGUCACUUUAGUCAACAAAAUCAAAAAAUGAAGUUGCGUCUGUGCCUGGUUAUGUUCUGAUAAAUCUUCAGUGCCACUUCGGAAAAUGUGUUUUGCUGUAAUUCACCUUGAAGGAGAUACGUUGACACAUUUGAGAGUACAGACACAAUGUGGACAGCCUCUCACUGAUGCAUGCAGAUGUGAUGUCAAAUCUUAAUAUUGCUUUAAUGACAGAACCAGUUUAAAAACUCUGUGAAUACACAAAGGCACAUUAACGCUCAAUGGCUUAAAGUUACCUUUUAAUUUAUGGCAUGUGUAUAUAACGCUGUACCAGUUUGAUGUUUACUUAGAUCCCUUUAAGCUACUGUCGCACAAGAUUUACCACUGUUUUUUGGAACAUGUGGAAUUAUAUUUGUUGUUUAUUAGUAUUUAUAAAAUACAAGUGUCAUGUCAUUUGUAUUCUGUAAUAAAUGGUGUAUUUAAAUCA